GUGCAGCAGCUGCUACGUCAUCGCGGUCUCUCCAGUUUCACUCCAUCAGUAGAAAUCGCAAAGCUUGAGUCUCCUGGAAAAACCGUUUUUAUGGACUUUAAAAACGUUGCGGACGGUACGUUUGACUUCUAACUAAAACUUAGAAUUUGAUCAGAAUGUUAUUGAUUUUAUGAGAUAAACUCAAAAGGCACAUGCAAAUGAAGUCCAUGUUCAACAAGUUCGUUUGCGGCUAAAUUAAAUAUCCGUUAAACAAUUAGCUAGCUAACUUAUCUAGCUAGCUAGCUGACAGUAGAAGUACUUACGGACUGAACUCAACUCCAUUUUGGAAAAUACAGAUGUGUUGGCUAGUUAAUUUACCGGUUGCUAUUUUGCUAAUGUUUACAAAAGAAACGUUACUUAGCUAGCUAAAGAACAACAACGCUAGUAACUAUUAUAGCUUAGUUACAUUUAUUGCUAGGUAACUAACUAAUCAUUUUAUGUUGCUGAAAUUAGCUAACUGUAUCCGUGGAACUGAAGUCCAAGCCAUGGACAACAACAUGCUGAGUUUUCAAAAUCCAAAAACGAUUUCUCCACAUGCGUUCUGUUCUUUUGUUGGGCUCAACUUGUCCCAACUUGAGCUGUUGAAGCACAGUGCCCGUAAUUUGAGAGGGGCAGCCAGUAGUGGGUGAUGCAGAAAUCUAGCUUCCAAAGAAGUUAGCUACCAAUCAAUCAAUCAUAUUUAUUUUGUUAUUUUCUUUGACAAUACAUUAGUCUACAUUUGAUCUGGGGGGGGGGGAAAUACACAUAUCAGAUCCGUGACUUCACAAAAACAUUAAAAACAUCCAGUUCGCGAGGAUGCUGUUGAUGCUGCAGUCGCGUGCAUUAUGGAAUCAUUUAGGAUUGUUUAGGUGCAAUAUUUUGAUAACAUGUGUCUCCCCAGGGAGCCCGUAAAGUGGGACGCGCCGGUCUGUCUCCAUGGUGAUCGAGAGGACGCCAUGCCUCGGUGUCGCGGCGUACAGCUGAAGGGGGCGUGCACCAAUAGGAAACGACUACUCGUUCUCUGUGUUCAAUCUCAUAAAGGAUGGUAAGGACAUCACGGCGUCGACUCGACAUCAGUAGAAUUGGGUAGAUUACCGUCGAAUACGUAUGUAAUGCUGAGCCUUUUUGUGUCAUCAUACGGUUCAUUCAUGUUCUAAGUGGUGGAAUCCUUGCUUUUUUUCUUCCAUAUUCUCCAAUCUGUGUUCAUGCUCUUGUUAUAUUGCUAUGAUACUUGCAGAAGGUUUGUUUCUCCCUGACCUUGAUUGAGAUGCUGCUUUUCUAAUCUGUAGCACACAAUAAUCUCUUCAUUGUUGUCUGUCACAAAAAAAAGAAUAACCAAGUAUAAAUGUCUUGUCUUUUUCAGCCAUUUUACAAUAACGUCUAUUACCCGUACCAGCCAGAGACCCAAGGGACCCACUCAUCAGCUGGGAUCCCCUCCCUCCUAAACUCCCCCCUGAGCCAGCCCUCCUCCAGCAGCCGGUGUCCUCCAGCACCACCACCAGCCAUGUCUGCCUCCACAUCCACCACCAUCCCGCCCUUCAAAUUCCGGCCGCGGCGCGAGAGCGUAGACUGGCGCCGGAUCAGCGUGGUGGACGUGGACCUGGUGGCCAGCGAGCUGGACUUCCAGACCCUGCAGGAGCACAUCACAGGGGUGACCUUCUGCAACGUGGAGGGAGAGCGUUGUGUCCGCUGCCAGAGCCCCGUGGACCCGGCGCUGCUCAAGCUCUUCCGCCUGGCCCAGCUGACAGUGGAGUACCUGCUGCACUCCCAGGAGUACCUGACCCUGAGCCUGGGGGCGGCCGAGGAAAGGCUGCAGACCCAGGCCCGCGAGCACCAGCAGCUCCUGGCCCAGCAGCAGAAGCAGGCGGACCAGGCCAAGGCACUGAAGACGGAGCUGAAACAGAGGAAGAAAAUCAUUGCCCUCAACCAGCAGGCUAUGAUCAACAUGACCAAUUGCCAUAAGGUACUGAACACCUCCUCACACUGCACGCUUCUUCUCAGUGUCGGUUUCCAUUUGCAUUGUACAACAGUCAGUCCCCCCACCCCCCUUCCUCCUGGGUCCCCCUCUUAGCCAUUGUUCCCCAGGUGGUAUUCAGAGCUGCUUUAGCUUUGUUCAAUUGUAAUUGUCAGAAAAGUGAGAAUGCUAACAGGAGGUAAUCUUUGUACAUAUCUACCUCAAUUACCUCGUAUCCCUGCACAUCAAUUCGGUACUGGUACCCCAUGUAUAAAGCCAAGUUAUCGUUACUCAUUGUGUAUUUAUUCCUUUAAAACAUUUUCUCUGCAUUGUUGGGAAGGGCCCAUAAGUAAGCAUUUCAGUUAGUCUGUUAGUCUACCUAUUGUUUAUGAAGCAUGUGACAAACACAAUUUAAUUGGAUUUGGUUAAAAUUAAUUAUUACAUUUAAAUCAGAUACAUAGUAUUGGAAAUAGGUUCACCUCGUACUGUAGCUGUAAUGUGGCCACUUUAUAAGGAUUGGUAUACGUAGUCAUUAUCAGCCUUGUUUUGGGACCUAAACAAUAGGAUUGUGCUCUGAGCAGAUGGCGUCAGCUGGUGAUAAUUAGACCUACUUCUUUUAAUCCACUUACAAAAGGGUGGCAAGAGCCGUAACCAAAAUGACUGAACCACACCCCCCCACACCCUCAUUCAUGUUUCCAUAAUGACAUUGGUCUCGUGUCAACAGGACGUUUUGAUGUUCUUCUAUUUUCUGCUCCAGAAUUACCUUUGUUUCCACAUUGAAUGUAUGCAUUUAUUGUACAGAUGUAGAAUAGAAGGAGAUAUCCUUAUAUUUUUUAAUGGCAUUGCUGUUGACCAGGGCCCAGCUGUUGCCAAGGCAACACCUAGUGUUUCAUAUGACUGAGCAUUGUUGCUAGGUGAGAGUGCCCUCCCCGGCUAACAGGCGUGUUGAUAACCGAGGCGUCAAUUAUUGAUGGACCACCAUGCAUCUAAAAAUAGACCUAGAUGUGUUGAUUGUUUCACACAGGUACUCAAAUGUUUUGCAUCAAGCUACAUUUACAGAUACAGAGUGUAUCUGAUACACAGUAUCUAGCCUAAUUGUCUGCAAAGCACAGAAAUGUUGCCUAAAUUGUAGUACUUUUAUCAUUCAAGAAACGUACUGCCUAUUUCAGCCUGUGUUGUUAAUGCAAUCUAGAAAAUGAAAGUUUUAGUCAGCUUUUAUUUUUACUGUCUCACACAUCAAGACACAGCAAACGGAUGCCAACAGAUACACAACUGCCUUGAUUCUAUCAAUGACCAGACCUAAUUCAAUUUCACUAGCGAUUUCCAAAGUUAUUCCAGAGCAGCAAUGCAAUUACACAACACAACAACAAGGGUCUCUGUUGUAGGAACCACCACUUCCCCUGCAGCAUAGUAGAGCACCAGCACGCGGUGCAACAAGGUAUCGGUAGCAGUGCGGUUAAAUUUGAAUGAAGGCACAGAUGCAGGCUGUGUUGGUGUCGGGCGUUAAAUGUGGCGUGUGAUGUGGUUGCUCCAGCGUUUAAUCUGCCCUGUCUGUGACUCCCCCUGUGAGCUGGAGCGAGGUGACGCCAGGCAUACGGGGUGUAUCAAGUCACUCACGCUAUGAAGAUCUGUCUCCCAUGAAACAGUCACUAAAGCUUAUUGGUAGAUGGUAUAGUCACUAUGUAGAUCUGUCUCCCAAGAAACAGUCACUAAAGCUUAAUGGUAGAUGGUAUAGUCACUAUGUAGAUCUGUCUCCCAGGAAACAGUCACUAAAGCUUAAUGGUAGAUAGUAUAGUCGCGGCUUGAGCUUUGGGUUCAGAUGUGUUCAUCUUUUACACACAGCCCAAGUUGCCUAUUACGAAAUUGGCCUUACAUUUGAUCUAUAAGUGAAGGUAGCAAACAACAUGUAUUCAGACCAUUGAUUCAUUGCAAUCUUUGCAUGAAAAACUUUGCAAGUUGCCAUGGGAAUGUACUGUAGAUGAAUAAUUACAUUUCUUUUUCUUUUCCUUUAGUGUCAACAUUGUGAUAAAGCCUUCAUGAAUUCCUCCUUUCUCCAGAAUCAUAUGCAACGUCGCCAUCCAGACGAGUACGACAGCCGUAAGUCAAGAGAGCUUUAAAAGGUUUGAUCAUCAGUUUAAAGAGAACGGUAGGGAAAGUAAGGUAAGAAGGUUUGAUGCAGCCAACCGCCCUGUCUCCCCUGACAGUCCCAUAGGGUCCCAAUGGUAUGGGUGUCCCCAAGCUCACCACAGUGUUCCUACAAGGCCGGAAAACCAGUUCCUAUGACAUCCCAGUCUAGUUUGCAGCAGCAGUAGACAUGUCAUUCACUCCCACACAGUCUAGCAGAAAGAGAGAGAUUUAUCUUUGAGCCCGGCCCUGAAACAGCAGUUAGGCUAUCUUUUUCUUCAUGAGUAUGUCUCUGUAAUUGUCUCUCUCAGAGUUAAGGACAGGCAACCAGAGGAAAGUGAAGAGCAUUGCCGAUGAAGAGGAGAUCAGUCGGCUGAAAGGGCAGCUGAGUAAGACCACAUCUGAGCUGGAGUCACAGAAGCAAGCCCUCUUGGCCAAGGCCUCUCAGGUGGGACAAUAGGAACCGUGCUUGUUUCCAUGGCGUUGAUCAGCUUCGUUAUUGAAUGCAAUGUUUGCACUUUUGCAUUUCUUUAGAGGUUUUGACCAUUUUCAUUCCCUUUCAUCUGUAGGAAAGAGACCAGCAGUCCAUGCACCAGGAUUGGAUGAGAAAGCUAGAGAGAUGGAAGGAAGAAGAACACAGGAAGAUAGAGGAGAUGAGAGACGGUUUCCGGAGGGAGAUAGAGAUGCUUCACAACCAGAACGCUCUUCUUCAACAAGUUAGUCCACUACUCCAUUUGUCAAAGCACUGACUUUCAUGGUUCUGUGUCCAAUUCAAACUGAUGCGUUGGUGAUUUGGUGCUGUAAGUCAGCGAGGUUUUUGUUUGAUGGGAUCUGUACAGAAAGUGGACCUCCAGAGGACCAAUCCUGAGAGGAGGCCCAGUCCUGCUCCCCAACAGACUGACCAAGACAUGGAUGAGAAAAAACAAGCUUGUGGUCCAGAAGAUGGAUCAGAAACACAGGAAACUGGUAAGCAGCUAAGCAGUGCUUCUUAUCUUUAAAUAAUUCAAGUUGUGAUAAAAACAUUGAUCAACAAUUUAUUUUGUUACAGGAGGAAAGGUUUACAUCAAAAAUUGAAAAAAUGAAGGCUAACCAUGAGAGCGAAAAGAAUCAGGUAAGAUAUGGAUGACGUAUCUGUGACGUUUUCAUGAAGAACACUGGUUAACAGAACUACUUGUGAGUUCUGUUGAAUAGUUCAUUAAAGGUCAUCAGAGAGCCUUGAAAGAGGCUGUGUGCUCUCUAACAUCUAUGUCUGUCCUAUGUCUCUUCUCAGUGGCAGGAUCAGUUUAGCAGGUUGGAGUCGUCUGUGGUGGAGUGGCAGCAGCAGAGCCAGAGGCAGAAGGAAGAGAGUGGCCAGCGGCUUCAGGAGCGGGACCUAAUCAUCCUCUCUCAGAGAGAGCAGGUCAGUUCACUCACCACCGGGGCAGCUGGGAAUAUGAGGAAACGAGGCGCCUGCUCGGCCCUCAUACAGGAAAUCCUGGAUUGACGGCGCCGGAUGGACGUGUCAUGUUUUCAUACGCUCAUAUAGUGUAGUCGACAGGGCCGCUCUGACUUCAUAAGCAUGUUAAGGAGUUCACUUAAAUUAGAUUACGCCAUUGGGGUUCAACAGCAGGGGUUGAAUACAAAACAUAAAAAAUAUAUAUAAUUUAAGAAAUGUAGCUAAUUGUACUGCUUCAUUUCACAGAUUAAGCACAUGUCCUCAAAUCCACCUACUAAAGUAGUUGAAGUUCCAGGUAUGCAUACAUUUUCUUUGACUUUAUUUUUUUUAUUACUAUGUUUAUAUUUGUGGAAUUUGGAUAUUAGCUUGAAUUUGGACAUUAGCUUGAAUUUUGAUAUCUUGAACUUGGAUAUUAGCUUGAAUUUGGAUAUUAGCUUGAACUUGGAUAUUAGCUGUUUGUAGUUCUGUAAAUAACCUGUUAUUACAGACUAUUGUUCCUACUUUGUAUGUUUCAGUGAUCAUAACAGCCCCAGCACCAGAGCCUAAACCAAAGAGAGUAGUGAAUGGUAAGUUGUUAGCAGGAGAUUCUAACAACUUAGCUCAGUCAAUCUAGACAUCUGCAUCCUUUUGUUUAGAGAAAAGGUAUGCUAGCAUGUAACCAGACUGUUCUGUCAGCGAUCUCUCUCUCUGUUGAUCAGACCUCCCAACUAGACACCAUUAGAGAUCAAUGUUAUAGUGCCCUCUACCUGAGUUCCCUCCUCCUAAUUCCCACUCUUGUCUGACCUCUGACCCCCUGUGCUGUCCAAUCAGAGCAGCCUCCCUCUGCUCCUAAACUGGAUCCUAUAGAGGAGCUGUCUGAGGAGGACAAAGGUAACACAGUCUAGACGGCAGCAGCAGCGUCUGUCUGCUCGAUGCAUGCUCUCUGCAUGGACGUCUCAGUCGGUUUGUGAUGCCUGCCAUGUAGUCAGUCGAGUCAGUCAAAGCCACAUUGGCCCAAAAAAGCAUCAAGAUGUUAUCCUCCUCUGCCUGUCCCUCUGCAGAAUCCUGUGGCUGUUAGCUGCAGUUACAUCUAUGGCACGGGUCAAUGUAGAUGGAAGAAGGGAAGCUGAUAUGCACCUCUCUCUCUCUCUCUCUCUCUCUCUCGCUCUCUCUCUCUCUCUCAAAUCAUUUUCAUGCUUGCCCGGCCUGUCCUCUGAAACUACAAAGGCGUCAGUGUUAUUUUGAGUGUGUUAUCAAGUAGACUAUUGAGCUACUAAGUGUAUGUGUGUAACUGUUCUGUACCUGUCUGGUGCUUGUCAUAGACUGGUCCAGCGUGUCUGAGAAGAAGCCUGUUGUUGUAAAGAAGCAGCCGUCUCCUGUGACCAGUGUCCUGAGGAAGAACCCCAACAUCAAGAGGGAGCUGCGUCCCGCCCUGGAGCAAGCACUCCUAGAGAAGCUUGAGUCCCUGGGAGUCAAACCUGUACGUACUGUACCUUCAUGAGUACACAAAUACACAAGUGCACCUUUUAACAUCACACUCUGUAGAAGAUCUAUGCCGUCAAAGAGUGAGCCUGACAGAGCCACCGUCAAAAACGUAAAACAAAUUGCCUUCGCUAAUAGACUUGAGGGAUCAUUUGUUUCCCCAGUAAAGAGAAUCAUUUUGAUAGUUAAACGUUUUCCAUUUUCUAAUCUACACAACUCUGUAGGGGCUGAGGGGACUCCGAGCCAGCGAGUACAGUGAUAUCAUGGCUAAGGUGCGCUCGGAGAGAGAGAGUGCGGCGAGGGACAUUCCGGACUACUGGCGUCACCGUGAGGAUGUGACUCACACACUGCGUCUGAGACUGAAGGACAAGAGGACGGGGAGUGACUCUGCCCCCGAGCAGCGGGUCAAACCCAAACAACCCACUCAAGGUACAUGUGGGGAGUAUGAUGUCUUAGAACUUUUAACUCAUUCCAGAAUGUUAAUGUGGUUUUUGCUGAGGGGUUCAAACCAAAGACACAUUUCAACUCGUGGGUCUAUUCCAUUCUCUUGUGAUAGUUUUCUGGCAUGCUGCUGGUGACAUAAAAAAAGUCCCCCCUAAUCAAUGUAACAUUUAAGCCAUAAGCCUUAAGCUCCUCGCAACAUGAGUCAUCUUCGUCACCAUUUUAACCUACUGAGGCCUUGAGACGUCCUCAAACUAACUAAUCAGCUAACUGCUGUUGUUGUUCUGUCCCUCCAUACAGUGACCCAGGCCAGACAACGGUCCAGCAGCCUUUCCUCCAAGGUGACCCAAGUGAUGUCAGGACCACCAGCAGCGCCUGCCAAACAGCUGCAGACGACCCCCCAGCCUGCCCCCCGGACCCUUACCAGUACCCUGCCCAAGACCACCCUGCCCAAGACCUCCACUCCCAAGUACGUACCUAGUCAGAAUCUCCUGCUGUUUGUCUUAAUGCAUGCCAGAUAGACACCAUGUCUAAAGAGACUACCUCACCACUGGCUUCAUUUAUGUGGUAUCAGUUUCUUAUCACGCCAAAGAUAUCGGGGUACAUAGUCUGUUGCAUUGAGAAGGAUACCAUAGAAAGUUAGUUGUCUUAUAAGCUGUCUCUUAUUACCUUAUAAGGAAGUGAUUGAUUGUAUGUUCUUUUCAAAUGAUGAUAUUGCCUUUGUCCUCAUAGGACCCCUCCCUUCAGCUCAGACGACGAGUCAUCAUCAGAGGAGGAGUCUGAGGAGGAAGAGGAGGAGGAGCCACCUCACAAACCCAGACAGGAGCAGAGAGUCCCUCAUCACGGAGCCUCCCAGCCCAAACCAACACAACCCAAGACCACCCCCCAUCACAAACUCACCCAGUCCAAACCGGUCCAGGCCAGAUCAAGCCAGCCCAAACCGGUCCAGCCCAGGACCACCCAGGCUCAGCCAUCUAAACCCCAGCAGCCCAGAAGCACUGCGGUCAACACGACCAAGACGGCAGUCACUGUGGUAGAGAGCGAGGGAGAGUGGACAGAGGGGAGUGAGUUGGAGGAGAUCGACACACAACAGCUCCAGAACUACAAAGACCAGAAUGGGAACGUACAGAAGACUACAAACAGUAAGAGGGACUUUUGUUGUUUUUACUGCUGGUUUACUCCUUUGUGUGGUAUUAAGUGCUCAUUUCAGAUAACAACACACAUGCCCCAAGUCUGCAGCCUUUUCUUUUUUAAUUGUGUGUGUAUUGAUAACUGUUGCCAUAUGUUUUUAUGUGUUGUGGUGACCAUAUUUGUCUUUCCAGAUAACCUGGUCAAGGACUUGACUAAGAGCCUGGAGAAGCAGCUUGCAGACAGAGGACCAAAAAAGCCACUAGGGGGAGUGAGCACCUUACCAGAGUGGAAAGACAAAGAUGUUGUACGGGAACUCAAGGUGAGAAAUCCUCUCUAGUCUCCUCUCUGCAGUGUCAUCAUCAACUCAGAGUAACAUAAGACCGAGAGAACAAACAGAAAAUGUGCGGACGUCAGAAUGUUCCCAUUACCUUUAGUAUCACACACUGUAACUGGAGCUUGUCCAGCUAAUCAUGUUAUGUGGUGUUUCAGUAUACAAACGAGGAAGAUGAGGAUGACUGGGAUAUCUCCUCGUUGGAUGACCUAUCGGUAUCCGCCCCCGUGGGCAAGCCCACCGCCCCCGUGAGGAAGAGCCUGGACUCAAACAGCACUACCAGUGUCUGGGGAACCUCCACUGGGAAGGGACAGAAAACAGGUCAGUCUCACUCACUCUCACAGCUCCGGCUCCAUUCAGGUCCCUUUAUCCUUCACCUUCAGCCACUGAUGAUGUUUAUCCAUUCCCCAGGUCUGAAUGAAGCAGGAACCGGCAGCACUCUGAAGAGCAGCCUGGUCUCUGUCAGCGACUGGAGUGACGAUGAUGUAUAGCAUUAUGGAGGUGAUACGGGUUUACAGUUCUAGAAUGAUAAAACUCAAUAUGAUGUCCAUAGGAAUGAUUUGGAAGACAAAUAUACUUAUACAUGAUUUACGAUGCUGUUAGAAUAUCACUAUAUCAUAUAAAAGAGACUUAACAAAGAGAUCAUCUAUCUCUGCUCAGGACACAGUGUAUCUAUAGAGAUAUACACCUAUGACAGUGGUAGCCAUCUGCCUUGUGGCAGUUUUCAGUGUUUUUAUUUAAUAUAAAGAUGAUAUAUUAGCUAUAGAUAAUUGUCACCUUAGAGGUUUUAUGAAAUGUGAUAUUGCACUCCAUGUGAGGUACUUGUAUGAUUUGUGUCAAAACAAUUUACAUUAAAUGUGUAAGACAUUUGUGUGUCCUAUGAAAGAACAGGUCAGAAAAUGUGUUUUUGUAUAUAAAAUAUUUAUACAUGCUAUACAAGC